UCGCUCCUGUAUAUUUACAUGUCAGUGUCGCGGUGACCUUACUGAACAUGUAUAUACAGGUAGACGCGUGUUACUCAAAUAGAUCGGCGCAUUGUCUGCACAGGUAUUUGUCAGGGGUCGCAAGUGUAGCCUUCCAAGUGUAGGUAAGGUGUCCAGCUGUAGAUGUGUGCCCUUGAUCUUAAAAUAGCCCCGGCUGUCAAGUAAUACAACUAGACGCCAUUACCAACCUUGUAAUGCGAAAGGGAUCGCUCUAUCUUCGCAGUGUUUAAUGUGUGUUGAAGGUCUGAAAAUAGCUCCGCUUCGUUGAAUAACACAGCAAGACGCCAUUACAGAUCCUGUGAAAGGUGAAAUCAAGAUGGCAGCCGAUUGGAUUGGUGACUACCAGAAACUUCAGUUGUUGGGUAAAGGACAGUUCGGGGAGGUGUUCAUGGGAGAACGCCGAACAGACAAGAAGCGUUUCGCACUGAAAAGUAUCUGCACUAAGUAUGUGUUCCGGGGCAUAUCUAUGGACAGGAUACUGAGAGAAGUUGAAUCUCACAAAUCCCUCCCAAAGCACGAAAACAUUCUAGAGUUCAUUGAAAGCAUCCAUGUGAAUGGUUACUUGUACAUAGUGCUAGAGCUGUGUGAACGUGGAACUUUAGAGGACUACGUGAUUAAGAAGAACCCUGACAAAGACACAGCUUUGUCCUUCAUGGUCGAUCUCGCACGAGGAUUGAACCACCUCCACAGCAAUGGCAUUGUACACAGGGAUGUCAAACCAGAAAAUAUUUUGCUUGCUGAAAGACCACACGGGCCGCCAAGAUGCAAGAUAUCGGACUUUGGGGUUGCAAGAAUCAUCAACAUUCCAUCUGGUUCUGAUGCUAAAUUUGACGCCUUGGGCAGUUUGGCUGGCGAGGAGUACUUCAAUACCCUAUGUGGCACUCCCAUCUAUCUUGCACCAGAAGUCCGGAACGAGCAUUAUACAAAACACUGUGACAUUUUCUCUCUUGGUGUGGUCUUCUAUGUCCUCUUCUCGCCGGAAAGAACCAAAGAUGGACGACUAUCACCUUGGGUCAGAAACGGAACACUGUUCUACGUAGCUACAGAUUACGAAAUCAAACAGCAAAUUGAGAAGUACGUACACGAUGAAGGGAUUUGUGAGUUGAUUUUGUCAAUGCUCAAAACAGAUUAUCACUCCCGAACACCUGCCUCCGCUCUGGAAGAACAACUUCUACGUGUGGCCGUCCCUGAUGAUGAAGUAUUCUUCGUGGCUUGCCUCCUCGCGGCAGUCAGUCUCAUGUUCCUGUUAUUCCCCGCACCGUUAUUCGGACUAGCUCUUGCCCUGUUGACAUUGGGAUGUUGGCAGUUUGUUCCCAAAGGAUUCUUUCGGGGCUUAUCUUGAACAUCUUGAGCCUUGAUACCCACAAUUGUGUCUUAACCGUGAACAUACAUAUAUAUAUAUAUAGAUACAUGACUGAUGAAAACUAAGAGCAUUGAAUUCAAUGAUUGUGUGGAAUAGGUAUGAUACUACGAUUCGCUUUUAGUCACUCGGUUGAAACUGGUCAGUGAUAACCUGACAUUUCAAACUGUGUAGAUUAUUGUCUGUAUUUAUAUUAAGGUGAGUACGGAAGUGUAGAUAAUUUCAACUCAUGCCCAUAUGUAAAGUUUUGAAGAGAACACUGUUAUUCAUAUAAUUAAAAAUACAAAACCCUAUUUUUUUAUCAAAUUCUGGAUAGAUGUAAUUUAAAUAAUUGAUUUUAAUUUGAGUAAAGUCAUAUUUCACUGAUUAAACAUUAACGUCAGCCCAUUGAAUAAACAGUAUCGAUUAUCCGUCGAAAGAAAUUAGAUUGGGCGUAACAGUCAAAUUACGUGAUAUGAAUAUGAAAGUUUGUGAUAACACCAGGAAUUCGCGAAAAGGAUCAGCAAUUUGUUGAGAGACAUUUAGAAGUUGGAGCAGUAAGGGAAGAUAACAAUAUAUUGAUGAACAAAGUCUUCCUUACAGUGAGAGCGACGUUUCAGUGUAGGUUCUAACACCGUUACAAAGCCGCUUCAAAAACACCUUUCAUGUACAGUUUUUGUACAGCAUAAUUACGCAAAUCAUGAAUAUUUAUACCAUGCACCGGUAGUGGAAGUAUUGAUCGAUCUACGGAUACGUUAUCGAUCACAUAACGUGAUGGCAGUGCACAGUGCGUGUUGAGGUAUCAAUGUUUAAACACCGGUGUGGAGCUACAGUGUUGAUAUUAUCGGUAGGCAUACAACAAUGAAAUCAGUCAGGCAUUAAAUCUUCCGCUCAUUUGUGUACAUAAUACACUUUACUGAAAGGUAGUUGCGGGUGUUGUUUUUGUUGUUGUUGUUGUUGUUUGUUUUGCUUUUUUAGAAUUUGAUCAUUACAGCGAUUGUCGACAGUAAUCAGAAGUGCCUACUUUAGCAAAAUGAGCAUUGAGGGUGUGGUCGACAUGGGAUAAUGCGAGCAAGAUAUUAUUGCAGAGUGGAAUGUAUUCAUGAAACAUUUUUAAUACUAUUGAUUUAGUUGAUAUGAUACAGCAAAACCUGACGGAUACAUAUAUAUAUAUAUAUACAACUAUGAAAGAGGAAAAUGUGUCUCAAUUCACGUAAUACUGUAAAUAGAAGCGACAAAGGGAAGCUUCCCCCAAGGGACAUAAUCUGUAUUUGUGUGGGGAGUUUCAGUUCCUUAUUGUCAUGUUCAGAGAGUUAGCGACGAAAAAAAUAAUCAAAAGUCAACUCUGCAGGGAAACCUCACUGAUGUCUUUUUUUUAUUUAUAUGAGGUAAUGUUAGUAAAUUGUGUCUCCGUGAAUAGUGAAUGACGUCAUAUUGUACCUUUCUCAACAUUAAUAAAACGUGUGUAUUUAACUGGCGAUUAAUCAAUGCCUGUCGCUAAAAUGCACGUUUACAAUAUCGGGAAGUUGUCAAGUUUGAUUAACUGACCGUAUAUGGGUAAUUCUCACUGUAUUAUUGGUCGCAAUGUUGGUGUCAAGAAUCAGCUGUACAACAAAGGCAUUCUGUAGCUACCACCUCUGUAGAAAUUAUAGUGCAGAACUCGCAAUACUGAUAUUAUAUUUGUGUUUGUACCAUUUGGAGACAAUCUGCACAAGCUAAUAAAUUUGAUUUGUGAUUUUG